UUCUGAAAAUCCCAAAAUGGCGGAAACUGCAGAAGGGAAUCCCCGUUGCUUUUUUGACAUUAAAAUCGGCAAUGAAGAAGCUGGCAGGAUAGUAUUUGAACUGUUCAAAGAUGUUGUACCCAAAACAGCUGAGAACUUCAGGGCCCUUUGUACUGGAGAAAAGGGAGAUGGGGUAUCAGGAAAGCCUCUUCAUUACAAGGGAUGUACAUUCCACAGAAUCAUCAAGGAUUUUAUGAUCCAGGGUGGGGACUUCACUAAUGGAGAUGGAACAGGAGGAGAAAGUAUUUAUGGUGAAAAGUUUGAAGAUGAGAAUUUUCAAUAUAAGCAUGACAGACCAGGGUUGUUGUCAAUGGCUAAUGCUGGUCCAAACUCUAAUGGAUCUCAAUUCUUCAUCACAACCGUGGUGACAGAGCAUUUAGACAACAAGCAUGUGGUGUUCGGAAAAGUCCUGAAAGGAAUGGGGACAGUGAGAGCACUGGAGAACACAGAAGUCAAGGAGUCUAAACCAGUUAAGCCAUGUGUGAUAGUGGAUUGUGGGGAGCUGCAGCCUGGAGAGCCGGAUGGUUUUGCCGUAAAUGAUGGAACCGAAGACUGCUAUGCCAAUUAUCCAGAAGACUCUGAUUUAGACUUUCAUCAAAAAGAAAAAAUUCUUGAAGUUGCAAUGCUUAUCAAAGGAGUAGGGAACACUUUUUUCAAGAACAAAGAAUUUGAUAAAGCAAAAAUGAAAUAUAUGAAGGCUUUAAGAUACCUGAAGAAAAUGGAUGAAACUUUGCAGUUUUGUGGCGAGGAAGAAAUUGAGGUAGAAAACAAAGCAAUGUUGCCUGUAAUUCUCAAUAUAGCUGCGUCUUGUCUUAAGCUCCAGGACUACGAGAUUAGUCUGACUCACUGCAAUGAAGCUUUGGAUAUCGACCAUAAGAACACUAAAGCACUCUUCAGAAGAGGCCAGGCACAGUCAGGUCUGAAAAAUUGGGAUGAAGCAUUGAAGGACCUCAACACUGCCCUGCAGCAGGAACCACAAGAUAAAGGCAUAAUACAAGAGAUCAACAAAGUGAAGAAUGUCAAAAAAGCAAAUGCAGAAAAGGAAAAGCAAAUGUACAAAAAGAUGUUUGCAUCUUAAUGCCAGUAGAUAAUUACCAGAUAUUAACAUUCUUUAAGGGUUGUAUGGAAAUUGUUGCAUUCCUCUCACUAUCACUGCAAGAUUGAGAUUGGAGACAGACCAUCGCCAGUGUGACAGGAAUGGCAGUCCUAGGAACUGAAGUCCGAGGUCCCAUGUGAUUAGUACAGAUUAGAGUUAGUUGGAGUAUCAGGGUCAGUAUUUGGGACGGAUGUCACCUGCACAAAGUAAUGGAGUAUCGACUCUGGUUUCCAGCGGACUACCAUUCCUGUCAUACUGGACUCUCACAACUGCACAAAUUUUGUUAAAGUUAAGACUAAAGAAUGCAUUUUGCAAGAGACAAAGAGGAUAUUUAAUGGCCUGCGUCCAAUGGGGAAUACCUCAGUAACAACCCCAGAGAGAUUGUGGGAUUUGGUAGAAAGUAGGCUCCAAGUCAUGGCAGAUAGUCCUACACUUUUCUAAGUGAAAGUGGAUAUUCUGAAAUGAAGACUUCUUUAUUAUUGUAAAUGGGGUGAUCAGCUCUUGUCUUCAAAUUCUGCUUAUCAAAUGAAGUGUUUCAAGGCUAGGCUUUAUAUAUUUAGCCAGGGCCCCUAAUUGUUAUUUAACUGUGGAAUAUUUAAAAAAGAAACAUAGGUUUAUUGCCUAUAGGUUGUACUACAUAGCAGGUGUUCAAUUUUUUUUCUCCUUUCCUUGCUAAGGUGACAAUUAUAGGAGCCAAUGUCUGACUUGACUCGAGUCAGAGACUGAACUGGAAAGGUUAACACUUAAACUACAUGUACGUGUGCCGUUUGGCAAAAACAGAAACAUGGUUUGUGUACGGCUUGUAAUCUCUGUAUUUAGUACAUGUAACUGUGUUUUGUGUAAGUUAUGGAGCAUGAUUUGACUGUUAGGGUAGGAUAUUUCAGUAAGUAACUUCAUAUCUGUUACUUGAGAAAUUGAAUAUUUUUAUUUGUCUGAAAAAAAUUCCUAAUUUUAUAAAGCCAUUGCUCUAAGGUUUGAAGAGCAUUGUUUAUAUUAAUUAUACAAUUCACUAAAUAUUAAGAAUUAUUUGAUGCCAAGAAAGCAUACCUGUGUCAUGAACAACAUGCUGUUUGGAUGCUAAAUCUAUCUUUGAUAACUUCAAUGCAUAUUAUUCAAGUAUCUUCUGAGAUAUUCAAAUUGAAAUUAAAAGGAAUUCCAACAAUUGUUCAGAGAAUGAAAUGUUUUGUUCCAAGUGAAGUAUUCUUUUCUUUUCAUUUAAAAUACAA